AUGUGUCAAGCAAGACUGUCACAGUCAAGCAGCAAUGCCGGCUCAUUUAUAGUUGCAAUUUGGUUACUACCGGCAAGAGCUGGUGGCGACGGAGAAGAAGAGGAUGCAGUGCGGUCAACUGCCUGGUGGGAAAUUGGAAUUCUUGGGGAAGUUGUUCUGCAGCAUGUGGGAAGACUGGAAUACAGACACGACACAGGAGCAAGACCAGAACAGAGAGUUGUGGAGGAUCGUGCACCCCCGCUUUGUCAAACACUAGGAGCUGCAAUGGACCGUGUUGCCAAAAAAACUGUAGUGGCUGUGGAUCAUCGUGCACACAGCAUCGAUAUCGCAGUGUAUCAAGGUAUCCUUCUUGUGGAGGAUCCAGCUGCCCUUCUUCUACUAAAACUCAACGUAGUUGCACACCUUGUCCGUGUUGUCCUUUGGGCAACAUGGUUAUCUUGCAAAGCUCCUUGCGGUGGAUCAGGAGUAAAAUGGCGAAACAGAACUAUCAGGUGGACGGAUGGAGUAGCUGGACCAGCUGCUCUACGAAAUGCUCGACGGGAUUGCAGCAACGGUAUCGCACCGUCACACAACAGCAAUGUCCGUGAACUUGCUGAAGUGGCAGAGCAAACUCGCUUUACUUACAGGACACUAAAUUGUGCGGUUUGCCAAACGGGGGAUGUCAGCAUAACUGUAAUGAUGGCGUUUGUUCUUGCAAUACCGGCUACCUUCUCGGCAGCGACGGUCUCUUUGUCUAAUUCCGUGGUAAACGAGAAUGCUGCUAGUGGAACGGUUGUCGGGACGUUGUCUACGACAGAUCCUAACGUCGAUGACAGUCACACGUACACUUUACUCGACAGCGCAGGCGCAAAGUUUACUUUGACCGACACGUCACUGAAAAUUGCUUUCAGUCCAGACUACGAGACACAACAACGCACAUACGUUGUUGAAGUUCGCAGUACAGACAAGAAAGGCUUGUAUCGCGACGAGAAGUUCACUAUUUCAAUCACAGAUGUCAACGAGAAACCAACCAACAUUCAAAUAUCUAACAACGACGUAAACGAGAACUCUCCGGUCGAGACUGUCGUUGGCAAAUUGAACACAAACGAUCCUGACAACUCUCAAAGCUCGCGUCAGUCGUUCAAAUACGCGUUGCUCGACACGGCAGGCGGACGAUUCAAAGUGGUUGGCGACACGAUCAAGGUAGCGGUGGACAAUACUAAUUGUCUUGCCUUUGGUGGUUCGUCUUGCUUGCUCAACUAUGAAGCUCAAAGACAACAUGAUAUCGUUGUCAGGGCGACAGACAGUGGCGUUCCAUCUCUUUCAGUUGAUAUCAAACUUUUUAUCUUUGUCAAUGAUAUCAACGAUCAACCACGUGAUCUCGAUCCGUCCGAUAACAAAGUAGUAGAGAACUACCCUAUCGAUGCUGUCGUUGGUAUUCUGUCGUCGACGGAUGAGGACGACGGUCAGAGCCUAUCGUAUUCACUGGCUGAUGACGACAACGGGCGAUUCAAAGUUGUGGCAAAUAAACUCAAGGUCGCAAAAGUGGUCAACUACGAAGUGGCAACGGCUCAUUCCAUUGUUGUGGAAAGUCAGGACAACGGCACGACGCCUCUUAAGAUGACCAGACGCUUUGUUAUCGAAGUAACCAACGUCAAUGAAGCUCUAGUCAAUAUCAGUAUCGUGGCAAAGUCUGGAUAUUUGCCUUACCCGGAUAACAGUCCGCGGGUGCAAGAAAACGAACCCGUGGGAACGGUUUUCGGCACAGUAGAAGUGUUCGACUACGAUGCUAACGAGACUUUGUCUUUUCGUUUGGACGAUGACUCGAACGGAAUGUUUGCGCUGGGAAAUUCUGGCCAGACCGCCUGUAUGGCAAUCUUCACCAACCCGGAAGUCAUCACAUACUGCGCCGUACCUAUCAUGGUAGCAGAUCUUCUUAACUAUGAGAAUAGCUUGAAACAUUACGUUAUAAUCCGAGUGACUGAUCUGAAAGGAUUGUUUCGAACGAAACGAUUUCAUGUCGAGAUUGUAAAUGUUAACGACGUUCCUCAUGACAUAGAGCUGUCUGGAUCAACUAUUAGAGAGAAUGAGAACGAUGCUCCGAUUGGUACCUUUACGACUCAAGAUCAAGACGUCACGGAUCGGCAUAACUACGCUCUUGUAAACAACCCUGGUGACAAAUUCAGAGUAAUAAGCAAUUACCUGUUUACAUCCGUCGACGCAAAUCUCGAUUAUGAAACACAACAAACAUACAAGGUGACCGUUCGGUCCACAGACAAUGGAGUGCCAGCACGAUAUUUGGAAGAGAAUUUUAUCAUCUCUCUAACAGAUGUAAACGAACGACCGACGCUUAUUCGCAUUAACAACUCCAAGGUUCAAGAGAACUCACCACUCGACACUCUAGUCGGUAUACUGACCGUUGAAGAUCCAGACAACUCUAAUGGCGUGUCGCAAACUCACACCUGUGUCGCCAUCAUAAACGCAAACGGUCGCUUUAUUGUGGAUGGCAACGCCGUUAAGGUUGCUGACGCUAAUCUCAACUACGAAAACAGCGCUAAUCUUUCAAAUAUUGUUAUCGUCGUGCGCUGUACUGAUUCCGGGAGAUCGUCGCUCUCCAGAGACGAAACGUUUAUUGUUACCGUGACGGAUGAAAACGAGCCUCCGACAGGACUAGACAUACACGGCGGUGUCAUCCCCGAAAACAGAUCUCCACAAAUCGUAGCCACAUUUACCACGCAAGAUCCGGACAACGAAUUUUACAACCGACAGAGCUUUGUGUAUGCAUUCACCAACCAACCGCAAGAUUUUCCGUUCGUCAUCAGCGACAACAAGUUGAAGACGACGGCUAGUCUCGACUACGAACAGAAGCAAUCGUGGGAGGUGUUUGUCCGGUCUACCGACAGCGGCGGUUUGUCGAUCGAUGAAGUUUUUCAGGUGGACGUAACAGACGUCAAUGAGAGACCGUCGAGCAUCUCGCUGGUUGGCACAACGUCUGUUCCCGAGAAUAGUCCCGCAACGACGUAUAUAGGCCAGAUCGUAACGACAGACGCAGAUUUCAACCAAACAUACACGUACAGUCUACAAGCUACAAUUGCAAGUUCAAAUGGGCAGCAAGGAAAAACUCAAUGGAUGGAUGCAUUUGUACUUGAUUCGAAAACAGGGCGGCUGUCUGCUGGGACUGACGGUCUCGACUAUGAAGCGUCGCGUCAGCUCACGCUGCGAAUUGUGACGACCGAUUCCGGCAAUCCACCCUAUUCUUACAACGGUAGUGUGGUUGUAACAAUCGCAGACGUCAACGAAUCUCCAUCAGACAUUUCUCUAAACAGCAGCGAGGGAGUGCAUUUGAAAAAUGAGAACAUUCGGAACCUUGCAGAGUUGCAGUUUCAAGUUGCAGUGAUGGCGAGCUAUGAUCCGGACAACGAGUUCAUUACUCGACAGUCGUUUCAGUGUCUAGUGCUGAAUGAUGCUGUAGAACCGUUUAAGGUGACCAAUAAUCUAACGCUUGUCUCUACCGAUUCAGUCGAUUUCGAGCAACAGCAGUUUUAUAUUCUAGAGGUACGCUGCAUUGAUAAUGGCAUCCCGUCACUGUUCAUAGUAAAACAGCUCAACAUCCGAGUGCAGGACGCUAACGAACCUCCAGCCAACGUCAGUCUUUCUUCUCAAACGAUCAAAGAAAAUCAAGAAGCAGGAUCGCUUGUCGGCAUCGCAUCAUCUCUAGAUCCCGACAACGAAGGACGCUGGGCGCAGAACGUUACGUACGCCAUUGUUGAACGAGACGUGCCGUUUGAGAUAAACGGUACCGACGUCGUAUCUACAAUAAAGCUCAACUUCGAGAGGAAGUCGAGAUACGUUUUUCAUCUUGCUGCUAUUGACAGUGGAGUGCCCAGCAAGACAACGACGGUCGAGAUUGCCGUCGACGUUGUUGAUAUCAAUGAUCGACCCCUGCGUGUUGAAUGGCACAGUAAGGGCGUCUUUGAAAAUUGUACUAGUGGCACGCACGUCGGCUGGCUACACACAAUUGAUGAAGAUCGCCAUCAGUCGCACAACUACAACAUUAUCGCAGAGAUCGACAACCAAGGUCUGUUUGCAAUCAAUGGAAAUGCUGUUGUUGUGGCUAGUGGCGCGCGACUGGAUUUCGAAGAGCAGUCAGAACAUGUAAUUGUAAUAGAGUCGACGGACAACGGCACGUUUCCCCUCAGCGUUCAGAAUUCUAUCAUCGUUCACAUCAUCGACGUCAACGAGAGGCCAACGGAUAUCGUGUCUUACAAAACAAUAGAAAUCAAUGAAAACAGUACUCCGGGUACCUGGAUUACCAAUCUAACAGUCAUCGACGAGGAUAUCAACCAACCUCAUACCUGUACACUCCUCAAUGCCACACAGUAUGUUACAUUGAUUGGAAGCGAUCGCUCAACACUAGUCGUGUCUCAAUCGGCACAAAUCGAUUACGAGACAUUUGCCAAUAUUUGGGUCAACGUCGAGUGUCGGGAUUCUGGCGUUCCCGCGCUCGGCGUCCGUCGCACGUUUCGCAUUGCGGUGAUCGACGUGAACGAAGCGCCAACUAAAAUAUUUCUCAACGGAUCGAGAUAUUUGAGAGAAGACCUUUCCGUAGGAGAUUCGAUCGCCGAACUAUCGGUCGUCGACGUCGACGCAGGUCAGAGCCACACCUACGCCGUCGUAGGUCAAACGGCAGCCACUUUCACAGUCGACAACGCCCGACGCCAGCUGAUCGUAUCCCGUCCCAGUAAUCUCGACUUCGAGAAUUUACUCAGCAAACAAAUCUUUGUCGAAAUCGUUGUCAGCGACGACGGUUCUCCAUCCUUGUCUUUACAUCAAACAUUUACGUUUAUUGUCGUUGAUAUUAACGAGCCACCGAGCGAUAUCUUUGUCUCGGGCGGUGGCACGGUCGUCGAGAACGCAGUUCGCGGACAAAAGGUCGGCGCAGUGUUCUCGAGCAAUGAGGAAGCUUGGCAGUCGGUAACAUAUCGUAUAGUGAGCGUCGACGGAAAUUCAAACUCUAAUGAAUUCUACGUUCAAAGUGACGGCAAUGUAACAUAUCUCUAUAGCAAUAUGACGAUAAAUUACGAUCGACAGUCGUCGUUUUCGGUUGAAAUCGAAGCGAUCGACAACGGAAAUCCGCCGGCUUCUUCGAUCGAGACGAUAAUGAUUACCGUUCUGGCUACCGAUCCUUGCGCUAUGGGUACGGCCGACUGUGCCUUCAAUGCCAACUGUACACGACUGUCCUCUACUACAGGUCGAUGCUCGUGUAUGUACGGAUAUGCCGUCGUCGGGACGAUUUGUCGCAACAUCGACGAGUGUUCUGUUGUUGCGCCAGUUGUUUCGGACUCGAUUUUGUUGUGUAAUGGCAAGGGAACGUGCGUCGACGGCAUAGGCGAAUACACUUGUACUUGUCAUCCGGGCUACACGGGUCAAAACUGCGGUAUAGAUAUCAACGAAUGCGAGUCGAAUCCUUGUCUUAACGGUCAAUGUGUGGAUUUGGUAAACGAGUACGCGUGUCAAUGUCGGGAAGGUUUUACGGGCGCAAACUGCAAGGAAAACGUCGACGACUGCGUCGCGUUGCGUUGCGGCGACGGCACUUGCGUCGACGGAGUGAACGACUACAGUUGUGAAUGCCCGGAAGGAGUGACGGGAGAUCGUUGCUCGUUUACGUCCGAUCUCUGUAAGAAACAGUUGUGCGAACACGGUGUUUGUGUUCCUAAAUCGUCUAAUGCCGAUCAGAUCACAAUGGCAGAUUUCGACAGCCAAGGAAACGAGUUGCCGUCUGUUGUGCUAGAGCCGGUUUCCGGUGCGCAUGCGUCAUACAAAAGCAGCGCGUCGACUAGCUCUCUUCUCUGUGUGCCCGACGAUUACAUUGUGGAGAUCAACUUUUCAGCUGUUGUCAACGCUGGAAGCAAAUCGUUCUUGAACGAAUGGGAGAGGCACUUGCAAGAAGAUCUCGUCGUCACGAUAUCUGUUCGCACGAGAGACGGGAUCGGGUCAUUUCCGGUACCCGUUUCGUAUGUCUACGUUACAGACGCUCGUUUGCAGUCCGAUAGAAGUACAACGGUCUAUUUCGUGGUGGUGGUGAACGACGAAGUGGUGCAGCCGUUUGAUGUGCUCAGCGGUCUAAACAAGGACUGUCUAAACGUCACGCUGUUAUCGCAUUCAGACGAGAUUUGCGAGGCUGUCAUUCGUGCUUUGAAUUAUUCGACCACCAUCCACCCGCCUGAAGCAGAGAGGGCUGUAUUGCCAAGUUCGAGAGCUAACAUUGUCGGUUCUCAAAUCUUUUGGCCGGUUAUUGGCAGCUUUGCCGCCGUUGUCAUUAUUGUAGUUUUGGCUUUACUUGUGCAAAGAUCUUGGGCACGAAGCAGGCGGCCAGCUUGUAGCCAUCAAGACGGUGGUAAUAACGGUGGAGUUCGGAAUGGAGUGACCAAUGAAUCUAAUACAAGAGUUGAGAUUGCUAAUCCUAUUUAUGGACACGACAAUAAUUUUCAGUGAGGUGCUGGAGACAUGGAAGAGCGGAUGGAUUGAUCAAAACAAACGAGUAACCGUCUGUGUGUGUGUGUGUGUGGCGCGCUGGCAUAGACGCAUAGCUAUCUAGUGCUAUAGUAAUA